AUGGAGCCGGAGCGAACUGAGGGCAAAACGAUGCGAGCUCAAAAACACAACAGUGUCAACGAUAGAUGGGUGUUUCUCACCCCCAUGGUCAACAGCUGCAAGUUGCACCUUACAACUGUCAAAUCAUCAGUACUUGAGAGAGCCCAGAGGAUGACUGAGUCUCAAGAUCUUGUAAAAGAAAAAAACAUGAAUACGAUCCAAGCAAUGAAUCAUUCGAACCCAGAGAACAGGUUGCACACUUGCAGAAGACUUGUCCAGACACCUCCAGUGCCAUCAUUUGCCAGUGACUAUACAAAUUCCCUUGUGCAUAACCUAGUACCUCAAGUGUGUGGUGCUCAAAGUGGUUUUGAUGCAGUUUCUCAUGCUACACAAGACACAAGAGAAGAAUCUAGGAGACCAACCCACAAUGAAGGGGCCACUUACUACCGCAAUGCCUUAAACCUUGCUAAGCCAGCAGGUGGCUAUGGAGGAUAUAAAAACCAUCCAGCCGCUGCUUUUCCCAUCACUCGAUUGCCCUGUGACGAUUUUACAUCCAACUUUCAGCGAAUUGACUUGGAAAGGCGCUGUCUUGAGGAAUGCCCUCAGCUGGGCAUUAUGGAUGAACUACAGCUUUUGAACCUCCAGCACAAUUUAAUCACAAUGAUCCAGCAUCUGUCACAUCUGCAGCAGCUUGUUUUCCUCAACCUGUAUGACAAUCACAUCUGUGAUAUGACUGGCAUUGAAUCUCUUCACUCUCUCAGGAUCCUUAUGUUGGGGAAGAACAGAAUCCGUAAAAUAUGCUGCCUGGAGGGCCUGUCCAAACUGAACAUCCUGGAUUUACAUGACAAUCAGAUCUGCAGGAUGGAAAACAUGUCUCACCUGAGCGAGCUGCGAGUGUUGAACCUGGCAGGAAACAGCAUAUGCAGAGUGGAAAACCUGCAGGGCCUGGACUGCUUGACUGAACUCAACCUACGACACAACUGCAUCUCUGUUGUGACCGAGGUGGACCGCCUUCCCUGCUUGCAGCGCCUCUUUCUCAGCUGCAACCACAUCACCAGUUUUGAUCGGCUAGCCUGCCUUGGAGAGUCACGCUCCCUUUCUGAGCUCACCCUGGAUGGGAAUCCUGUAGCCCUGGAGACAUGGUACAAGCAGGCCGUCCUGCGCUGUGUGCUUCAUCUGAGACAGCUGGACAUGAAGCGCAUCACAGACGAGGAUCGGCGCAUGGCUGGUGUACAGGCUCGGAAAGAGGAGGAGAAGAAGAAGGAGAGUCACAAGCAGACCAUUCAUAAGGAGAAGCGGCGUCUGGCGAUCCGUAAUGCAGCUCAGCAGUGGGAGGGUGUCAGGGCCUGCCUGGAGCUGCCACCAACAAAUGGUGCUAAAGAAGAAGUUAGUCCAGAGAACAGCCCUGCCCACAGCCAGACCAAUGGCCUCGCACAGGAACCCUCUCCAGAUGAACCCAGGCGGGUAAGCCCAGGUUCAGGACCUGAGCGACCAUCAGGGGGAACAGAGAGCAGACUUCGCACCAACAGUCGUCCAAACAGCCCACGAGAUCCAAAGCUUGUGGAGGCAGGGAGCGGCAGUGUUCAGAGCUUGUCCCUCUCUGACAGUCACCUGGCAGAGCUGGAUGGAGACACCCUGCGUUUAUUCGGACCCGGGGCCUUGGAGGCCCUGGAGAGGGGCUGGGGAGUUCAGACCGCUGGUGCUGUCACUGUAAUAACCUUCCGCUACAUCAACUUUGACGCCAUUGUACCAACACUGCCGCGAAUAAGGGUCAAGUUUCCAAAUCUGUCGCACCUGAUCUUCUUAGAAACCAACAUCAGCCGUCUGCCUCAGCUGGCGGCCCUGACUCAGGUGAGGCGUCUGGACCAGCUGACCAUCCACCCAGCGGGCAACCCGGUGGUCAGUCUGGCUCUGUGGCGCUCCUUUGUCAUCUACCGCCUCAAUCACUUUAAUCUGCAGAGGAUCAAUGGCCAAGAGGUGACCAUGAAUGAUGUGAUCGCUGCGGAGCGUGUGUUUGGGACACUGGGUCAUAUAGCAGCUACCGAAACUCCACGUUGCCGGCUCCUCCUGCUGUUAGAGGAAUCCAGGAAACGCCAGCUGCAAUUCCUGUUGGAGGGGCGCGGCCGGCGGGCAGGACUGAGUCCGGAGGAGCUGCGAGAUAAUGGGAAGCUCCUGGGAGAGGGCCUGAGCAGAGCGCUGUUCAACUACCCAAGUAGAGACUGCAGUGCAGAGAGCCCUGAGGAGGGCACUGUGGAGUCAUCGGAGCGUGCUGCCAUGAUAGAGCAGUACCUCCAGGAGUUGGUCCAAAGGGCAUCAGACACCAAUCUGAAGGGUGAGGCCCUGCACAAACUCUGGCCCUCCAUGUUUGCAGAGAUGGUGAGAGACUGUGUGUUGGAGAUGAGGGACCGAGCGGCCUUCCGCCAAGCCAGCCUUGCGAAGCUCUCUGAGACCAAGUGAAGAGGACCAAAGGUUCACUCUUACACUGUACACUAACAAUGCACACAUAUGGACCUAGCUUUCCCGGGCGCCUGCGGGGCUUCAUCUCAAACUCCAUUUAUAGCACAUCAUCACUUAGUGACUUACCACUGACAGUUAAUAAAAUCUUUGGAAACUGAAGGGUAUAUUUCCCUAGAGGCUCUUUAAGAUGGAUGUAGACUGUUUUAAAGAUGUCUGAGGAAAUAAUCACCAUAAAGGCGUCUUGAUUGAAUGUAGAUUUUCACUGAAAACACAUCGUUUGAUUCUUCAAUGCUUGGAGCUGUAACAUACUUGAAGGAAGUGAAAGGGACGUAUUGACUCAUAGUGCAUUGUGGUCCCUACGGAGCAUCCUCUGCACUUUAAAAGCUUUCUGAAUGAACCCUCCCCACCAUUAGUCAUCAGCUGAAAAUGACCCGUGUCUCUUUUGUCGAGACUAGAAUGAUUUUUCUGUGUCUUAAAUAAUGUUUCAUGCAUCGCUCUCACUUUUUCCUGCCUGACAUAAAAGGAAGGGCACAGACGAGGACAAGGACUUUUCU